UAUUUUUGGAAAUGUUUACAUUGUCUGGUCUACAUUACAAGUACAACAAAACCAAAUGUUAGGAUGUCAAAUGUGGCGAAUAAUGGCGAAAGGAAAAUCCAUAGUGACAUAACAGCAGAAUUUCCUAAAAGCAACGCUGCAUCCGCGUAUUGUGUAAGACUGAAGCGGAAAGUGAUUGGUUGUAGGAAAAAAAAAUCGAAUUCGAAACAAUAAAGAACAUUUAAUGAAGCAGCAAACAUAGUGAAAAUUUAGAAAUUAAACACUUUCAUUUUUGCAAGUGCGACAAGCAAAAUUUAAAGCUCAAAACGCCUUUCAGUACUGAUAUGUAUAUGUUUGUGUAUGAGCAUUUCUGCAUCACCCACGCACACAGUUGAAGAAGGCACAAACGACAGGCUGUCUUUGACGAACGUGCUUGCGAAAAAAUCGAUAAUUAUUAAAUUUAUUUACGUAAAUUAUAAAUAAAAUGCAAAACAUGUGGAAAGUGCAGCACAAAGUGAAAUUUUAGCAUAAAGCUGAUUAUAUCAACUUUAGCGACCGAAAAAACAAAAGCUUUACACUCUAUUUACUUCGUUUGCGUAUUUGGAGAACGCAGUUGUGUAGUCUUCAUUGGUAUCUUCUCCAUUUAAAGCUAUUGCUGGGGACUGGUUUUCUUUUGUUUGGAGAAAUCGAGAUAUUUUGUUGCGAUGGCGGAGGCUGUGCGAGCUGAUGUGGAUUCAGCAAAGGAUAUGCAGCAGCCAAAUGAUAGCUCAGACGUUGUUGACGCUGGCAGUGGCGCAAUCUUGCGUAACACAAAGCAAGCGACAGCCUUGCCGCUGGCUCAGCAGGCGAAUGAACAAGUUAAUAGUGAGCAAUUGUAUUUAACAACAACAUCGACAACAACGGUCGGCGCUAAUGGCGACUCGGCUACGGCAACAGUCACAGAUAUGGCUUCGCUGUCAGCGACGUCAACGACUGCUGCGUCGGCAGCGCUGCCAUUAGCCGUACACUACUUGGCUAGCUUCCAUCAGAUUUGUGUGGUGACUGCACUGCUUCCAUUGGUGACGCUAUUCACCUGCUUCGUCACCGCGUACGUCUUCCAAUAUGAUGAUGUGCACGAAACGCAUUGCCGUGUCUACAACAUUGUACCAUCGAUAAGUGCCAUUACCGGUGUCAGCCCACAACGCUACUUCUGGCGCCUGAGUAUUGCCUUACAUAUUGGACCGCGUUUGCCCAUCGCCUUCGUCUAUAAGAACUUUUAUCGCAGCAUGUUGGCCAAUUUGCAGCAACGUCGGCCGCAUCUGGUGCCAAAGGCCGAUCUAAUGAUAACCAUAAUCUUAAUUUUGAAUCUCAUCGAAAUUUCAUCGUUGGGCGGUGUCACCUACAUUUCGAAUAGGGAGAACUAUCCGGUUCACGAGAAAAUCUUCAUCACAUUUAUGGUUUGCUCACUCUGCUACAUGUUGGCCACGAUUAAACUGCACGGUAUGCUCUUCGAGGACGAAAACAAACUCUUGCCCACACAACGGGAGUCCAUCAAAUGGAAGAAAAUACUCUUCAUCACCUCGAUAGUGAGCACGGUCGGUUUAUUGGUAUUCUUCGCCAAGCAUCGUUUCUACUGUCAUGAUUUGGCCUUUAGUUGGUUCGCCUUCUUCGAGUAUGUGAUCGCCAUAGCGAAUAUGCUUUUCCAUUUCACCAUCAUUUGGGACUUUCCAUCGCAAUUUAUGCUCAUCGUGCAGGGACCGAGGGAGAAAAUCGAGGAACUCUUCAAGCGCGCAUGCGCAAAAUAUGAUUAAACACACACUCACAAAUGUACAUACACACAUACAUGUUUACGAAAAGUGAAAAAGUGUGCGUGUGUGUGUGUGCAACACUCGUUGUGACUUGAAUAGCGAGCUGGUAGUAGUUGUUGCUGCGAAUAAAUCAAUUUUAAUUUGAUUUAAUUGUGAAUUGUGAAAGACACUUGAGAAACCUCGAAGCGCGCUUCCAUUGUCAACUCAUACGCAUAGUUUAUUAUUUAGUUUUCACUACUUUACGAGAAAUACUCAUAAACACACACAUACAUACAUACAAGUAUACACAGAGUGAAGGUAAAAGUCUCCUAAUAGCGGUUUGCGUAAAGCCAUAGUUAAAUCCAUUUUAAAACAUACAAAUGUAUACAUACAUACAAUACACAUAUAUAUAUAUAUAAAUGUAUUAUAUACAUACAUAUAUACAAAUGUAUUACAUACAUAUAUACAAAUGUAUUAAUAAACAAUUUUAUUUAGUUUUUAAAAAAUAAGUUUUAAAGCAAUAAUUUUAGUUUUCUGUUAAAUACAUGUGUAUCCGUAGAUUUACACUAGUUUCGUGAGAUUUUUAACGUAACGCAACGACACGAGUUUUAACUGCACUUACAUAACUUACUAUGUAGCUAAAAUACUCUGAUAAGCAAAUACUCGAAAUACUCAAAUACCUUUUGACUUGUAAUACCGUUGUCAUUAAGUCAUUAUUAUGUACAUAUAUACACGAAAUUGAAAACUAAAACAAAAACUAAAAAGGAAAUCUCAAAUAUUGCACACAGUUCAAAAUUUUGCAACUUAUUUAGUCCAAAAAAAAAAAUUUUAUUAAAUAAAUUUAGCAUUAAUUUUAUUCAAGCAAUGGUAAACCAAGCGCUGUACUAGGCUUACACUAGUUUUGUUUAGAAUUGCAUUAAGAUUUUCGAAUGCUUACAUACAUUAAUAAAGAAAUUUAGCAAAAAGUUCACAUAAAAAAUAUAUAUAAAUAUGUUCACAAACAUUCAUUUAAAUUUUGUUUCAUUAUUAAAACAUAAUUUUAAGUACAGGUAAAACUCAUUGCUUUUCUUUCUAUGGCAUACCUUUUUUAAGUCUAACUAAUUAUAUGUAUAAUAUUUUAAAACAUUUUGCAUAUUUAAAAAUUUUUUAUUAUGCAUUUUAAUUUAUUUCACAAGGUUGGUUUACAAACUUAUAAGCAAACUUUUUUUUUUUUAAUUUGUUUUCAAACAUUGUAAUUGGUUUGUAUUAGGGCUGUGAAGAUUCGAGAGAGUUUCGAAAAAAAUUCGAAUUGUAAAGAUAUCGGUUAAUAUUAGGGUUGCAAAUAAUGCAUUAAAAAUAUAAUAGAAUUAACAUUUAAAUACAUUUUUUUAAUUUUAUUUUGUAAUCUCGAAAAUUUGAACGAAAACGUUAACUUGAAGCUAUAAUACCCUUCACUAGUACAUUUUUAUGGCAAAAAAGACAUAUACAAAGAUCUUUAAUUUGCUUUUGAUCGAUUAGUUUGUAUGGCAGCUAUAUGCUAUAGUGGUUCGAUCUGAUCACUUUAAAAAAUUUGCAACCCUAAUUAAAAUCUAUUCGUUUUUUUAGUUGUUCUGAUUUACAAAGUUUCUGCCAACAUCCGUCUUUUCGAAUGUUUUGUACUCUUGAUUACAAAAUUUAACAAGACAACUCGAUUUUGAAAGCCGUUUUAUGCAUUACUGCAUGGGUAAAUAUUUUCACUUUCAUGUACGAGUAUAAUUAAUAUCGAAAUCUAUUUACAUUUCAAAUUUCGAAUUUUUAAAUAUACUAAAAUCUGAAAGCGCAUAUUUAACAUUUAGGUGUUCGGAUAUUGAAAUAUUCGAUUUAAUUAGAUACUUGAAAAUCCGUAUCAAACUCCCAGCCCUAGUUGCUACAUCUUUCUGCACGUGUUAUAUAUAUUUCGCGAUGACAAUCUUUUAGAUAACCUGAAUAUCCGUUUUACAAAAAAAUUCUGAUUAUAUGUAUUUGUGGAACUAAGUGCUAUCUUAGGUGUCUUCAAAAGUUUUUAGGUAGUAAAAAUCUUGGUUCAACAAAUUGAAGCCUUGAGUUGGACUUGUAAAUUUUCAAAGAUCUCUACAAACUGUUGAUAUACUACAAUUAAUUAAAAUUUAUAACGAUUAACUAAUUCAUACGAAUUUUUUUCUAGUUUAUAGAAUGAUUUACAUUUUGUGAGGUUAAAACUAAAAACAGUUUGAAAUACCACAAGUUUUGAAUUAGUUAAGAUAACUAAACUGUUGUCGAAACAUAUUGCGCAUUAAAUAGAAAAGCGUGAUUACUCCAAAGUGGUCAGUAUCAACUUAUUCCACAAAACCAUUCACAGAACAUACUGAUGUUUCCAAAAAUUUAGUCAACACUAACCCACACUAACUGGAAAAGUACUUUAUUUGUCCUAUUCUUAUAUUGGGAAGAAAGGUUAGAUGAAACCUUAAGCCUCUAAUUUUCUACAAAAUUGUCUUAAAUUGUAAACUAUCCAUAAUAAACCACCACAAUUCUCUUCAUACUAUUCCUCCUUCUCAUUUUCAAAUAGUUAAAUGCAUAUGACAUAGCAUAUCUAAGCAUAAACUCAUCAGUUAAUAUAAAAAGUCUACACAUUAUACACUCUUUACAUUUAAAUAUCACUUUUGUCUGCAUAUAUUUAAAAAUAUACAACUACUCCAAAAAAAAAGGUACUAAUAAUUCAGAAAUAUUCGCAUAUUUGCUACACGAGAAAAAUUUUGCUAAUCCACUCAAAACUUUGAUACAAUUUUAUUAGCUAAAAUAAUCAAACUCUUUGCCACAAUCACAGACUAAAUUCUUAUUUUCGAUAAACUAUUAAUAAUUUUGCAGUACAACUCUCUAGCAACUCACAAAUGCAAACUCAAUAAUGUUUAAGACAGUUACAAUUGCAAUUAAAAUAGUUUUAGUGAAAAUAUUAAUAGUUUAAUGAAUAUUUAUUAUAAGAAAAAUUAAUAGAAAUACGAAUAAUAAUUUAAAAAUAAUAAUAAAUAAUAUAAUAGUAUUGAUAAAAAUUUCACAAUAAAAAAAUAUUGAAAAAUACACACCAUAAACGACAAGCUAAAGAAAUAGUAGUUUUUUCGCUAAAACGCAUUUUUUUUUAAUCGAUUACAAUUAAAAUAACAACAAACCUAACAUAUCGUACAAGGUCUGUAAACGAAUAUAUGUAUUAUAUAAUUGAAACAUAGUUAUUAGAGAAUUGUAGUUAAGUAAAAAAUAAAUAAAUUACAACAACAGUAAACACAUAACCAAAUAUAGUGCGUAGAGUUUUUGAAAAGUUUGGAGAAGCUUUUUUCUAUGCUAAUUUAUUUCUAGCAUGCUAUUUUCUUAAUCUGUUUAGCUAAUUUGUAGAGUUAAUUAUUUUUAUUUUAAACAAAAUAAUAAAAUUUGCAAAAUAUAUUCUGCUUUUGACAGCAACGAUCAAAUGUAUUUCUUACUAAUUAUUUUAUGAAGGUUGAAUCGAACAAACAACUGGUAUAAAUAAUCUUAAGAUUACACGACUUUAAUGAGGCGCUCAUACACGCUCUCGUAUUGAAUAUAAAAGAGGAAUUUUGUUUUUGCUUUCACACGCAAAUUUUUUGACAAGCGAGCAGAGCGCAAAUGUAGCGAGUAAAGUAAUAGCGAAUCGAAGACGUAUGAUAUCUACAAUACAAUGUAGGUAUACACUGGCUUAGAAGCUAGUUUAUACAUUUUCUGGCUGUUAAUCAGUAUAGGACCAAAAAAUAGGUGUUUUUUAAAUUUGUUUUUGAUUUUUUGUUAAUUAACGAACUCAAGACAUUGCUUACCAAUAGAUUGAGCUGAUUGGGAGUUUAAGUCGUGAACAUAUGAAAAGCUAUAACGAAAUAAACUCAAUACAAGUUAAGCACAUAAAUACCUAUUUCAAUUCUAGUACUUCAAUACCUUCUCAAUAAUUCAAAACUAAUGGUAACCAUUUCAAAAACCUCUUAACAUUUAAAAAGAAAAGAAAAACAUUAUUUUAUGAAAAGAAAGAAAACAAAGAAAUACUAAAAUAUUCAAUAAACAUUUUACGCUAGCGUUCCGCCGCAGUUUCGAGCGAGCUGAAAAUUAGCAGUAGAAAUUUAUACUCUAUUAUACAAUCAGAAUAUUUCGCAACAUAGGGAAAUUAUAUUUUAUUUUUGCAUAAAUCGGCAUAUAAAACUUAUAUACUAUAUAAAGGGAGAUAUUAAGCCAAAAAUGGGUGUGAAAACAUAAUCGAAAAUUCACCAUAGAAAAAAGUUAUUUAAAAAUAUAUAUAAAAAGUAAUUUCACUAGUUAAGAGUAUUAUUGAUUAUAAAAAAACAUAAAGCAACAAAGUAAAUACAUUUUACAGUAGAAAUUAUAUAUAAGUGAUUUAACAUGUGUCGGUAAGGCGAAGUAGUUAAAAUAUAAGAAGAAACCGUUAUACUAACAUAUUAAAACUGCAAAUAAUAUAAACAAAUGAACAAAACAAAAUAAACAUUAAAAAAAAUUUGCACGACAAAUAGUUUCAGUUAAGAGAAAAUUUUGAAAAUUAUUAUAAAAAUUUCUAAUAGCAAAAUAAUAAGGUUUUAUAUAUACCGCAAACAAUUUUAAGUUAAUUAAAAAAUUAGGCUUAAGAUUUUUUUCGUCAUUUUGAGCAGUAUUUUAUUUAAUCUAUUGCAAUUAAAAAUUAUUAAGUAGUUUAAAAUUUUAAUUUGUUAACUGUCUCAAAAAAUAUUGCACCAAAGAUUUUGUGAUGACGCAUUCUCUUUAAAAUAUAAACGGGAAUGCAUAAAAAUUCCAGAAAAUAUGUUUUUUAUAUAAUUCUGUGGCUUUAAUAUGUUUGUGCACAUAAAAUAUAUAUACAAGAUAUGAACAGUCGCAGUGAACAUAUUUAUACGAAAAAAGCAAAAAAAAAAAAAAUUGUUAAGAGAAUGUUUUCUCCCCUAACCCUUAAAAAA